AUUCCGAUCCCGAUGUAAAGUAAAGGGGGUCAUCCUUGAACUGUUGAUCACGCCUCCACCGUCUAGAAGUCAUGAUUCUCAAAACUCUCUUUGGUAUUGCAUUGGCAUUAUCCAUAACAUUUAUUCUGAAAACGAUUAUGUUAAUGGACUACCACAAAACCCUGUGGAAUCACAGACCUGGAAAAUGUCACAUUGUGGAAGGAAUAGACCAUGGUUCUGAGGAUAUGCAGACCACCAAGUCUGGUUUAACUUUCAUCACUUCUGGAAUAAAUGGAGUGCUCUUUGGACCAAAAUUUGAUGAACAUUACAAAAAACACAAUGUGAGAGGGAGAAUCAUGUUGUUUAACAUGGAGAAACCAGAGGAUGGAGUCAAAGAAUUGAUGAUUAUUGGAAACAAGUUCAGUUAUGACGACUUCUAUCCUCAUGGAAUCAGUGUGCUAGAGGACAAAGGUAAAAUCUUCCUCUUUGUUGUGGUGCAUCGGAAUGAACACGAUACAGUGGAGAGGUUUGAAUUCCUGGAGAAGACUUUAGAACUGAAGCACCUGAACACUUACACAGGGGAUCUGGUUCACUUACUGAAUGAUGUAGCAGCAACUGGGCCAGACUCAUUUUACACAACAGAUUACGGAUAUUAUCACAAUCACUUAGGACAUACCUCAGAAAUUUUUCUAGGGCUUCACUUUGGGCAUGUUUUGUACUACAAUGGCCAGAAUUUCACGAUUGUUUCAGAACCAACACACAUGGCUAAUGGAAUUGCUCUGUCCAGGGAUGGAAAGCUUGUGUAUGUUGUCUCCAGUACUGGUAAAAAAUUUAUGGUGUUUAAACGAGAGACAGAUAACAGACUUACCAAAAUAAAUGUGAUUGAACUUGAUACAUUACCCGACAAUCCAAUCGUGGAUCCCAAAAAAGGAGAUGUAUUGCUGGGCUGUCAUCCAAUAGGAUUUAAAGUUCUACAACAUAAUAAUGACCCCAGUUACCCAUCAGCUUCACAGGUACUGAUGUUACACAUGGAUAAAACUGGAGCUAACAUGACAGGUGUCACAGAGCUGUUCUCAGAUGACCUUGAACUCUUUGGUUCCAGUGUAGCUACAAUGUACAAAAAUCGUAUGUUGAUAGGUACAGUGUGUCACAAAAUGAUGUACUGUGAGGUCAAUACAUUAUAAGAAUUCUGAACUUAUAAUUUUAUUUCGAAAAUGUGUAUAUCUUAGAAUGUGUGAGUGCCAUUUAGUUAUGACCUAGCUUGGCUAUGUCUGUUUGACACCAUGUUUUCUGGGUAAAUGUAUUUUUUUUCCCCAGAACUUUUCCAUGAUUAUUGCAUAAUGUUCAAACUUUGGGUGUUAUUUCAGGUUCAAAUUGAAUCUUGCUGGGACCUCUUUUUUGUUGUAUUCUUACAUUGUUAAGCCAACAUGUACAUGUAUGUGAUAAAUGUAUUAAAGUGCAUUACCGGUAUAUAUUUAAAUGUACAUAUAUGUGCCUUAUGAGGAAUCUUAAUUUUCCUCUAUUUUGAAGUCAGAUUUUUACAAUAUAUUACAUCUUGAAUAUUCAAAAAUAUACUGUAUACAGGGAAAUUUCACCCCUUUUUAUUUUUGCCCUUUUCGCCCUAUUCACAAAUGGGCAUAUUUUAAACAGUGUGAAUGGAAAGAAAACAUUUUUUCUUUAAAAAGAAAUUUGUAUGGGUCAAUUAAAAACGGGUCUAAAUUGUUUGUUAGUGGGAUAAGAUGAAAAUGACACUGGGCAAAAAUAACCCUGUGUUCAGUAAUUGUUACAAUGUAUUUGCAGUUUGAAAUGAUUAUCAUAAUAUUUUUAGUAGUUUUUUUGUAUAUUGCUGUAUAACAUCGAAUCUUAUACCCAUAUCUUCCGAAUGUCUUAAAUUGUUAAAUUAACAUCAUUUAUUUCAAGUAAGAUUACCACAAAACAAUGAAAUUCACCAAUUGUUCUGUCAGACAAUCCAAAACAAUUUUUACUUUUGUACUUUUUUUAUUUUUAAAAGUUAAACCACAUUAAUCAUUAUACUGGGACUGAGUUAGGAACUUUAAGGGUUUAUAUAUUGAGUUUGAAAUAGUCUUCUUCAAGCCAUGACAUUUGCUCUCAUUUUUGUGUGAUUGUAUGAUUUUUAUAAUUUUCUUAAGAAAAAUUUGAUCUGUCUUGUUAAAAAAAAGAGAAAUCUAUGAAAGUAUAAUGUUUCAACUUUUUACAACUAGUCUAAAAACUAUUCCAGAUUAGUUUUUAGCUCACCUGAGCCGAAGGCUCAUGUGAGCUUUACUGAUUGAAAUUUGUCUGUUGUCUGACGUCGUUGUUGUUGUUGUAAACUUUUCACAUUUUCAUUUUCUUCUCAAGAACUACUGGACCAAUUUCAACCAAACUUGCCACAAAGUAUCCUUAAGGUAAAGGGGAUUCAAGUUUGUUCAAAUGAAGGGCCAUGCUUCUUCCAAGGGGAAAUAAUUAUGAAUUUGUGAAAAAUAAAUGGUAUUUAAAAAUCUUCUUCUCAAAAACCACUGUGCUUGAAAAUAUGAAACUUAUGUGGAAUCAUUGUGAGGUAGUGUAGAUUCAAGUUUGUUCAAAUCAUGAGCCCUGGGCGUUGAGUGGGGCCACAAUGGGCGAUCAAAGUUUUACAUAAGGAAUACAUAGGAAAAAUCUUUAAAAAUUGUCUUCUUCAGAACAGCAAAGCCAUGAUUGGUCAUAUUUAUAUGCAAGCAUCAUCAGGUAGUGUAGAUUGAGAUUUGUUCAAAUCUUGACCCCCGGGGGUAGGGUGGGGCCACAAUAGGUGAUCAAUGUUUUACAAAGGAAUACAUAGGAAAAAUCUUUAAAACUCUUCUUCUCAAGAACAGCAAAGCCAUGAUUGGCCAUAUUUAUAUGCAAGCAUCCUCAGGUAGUUUAAAUUCAAGUUUGUUCAAAUCAUGACCCACGGGUAGGGCCACAAUGGGUGAUCAAAGUUUUAUAUACAGUAGGAAUAUAUGGGAGAAAAAUCUUUAAAAAUCUUCUUCUCAAGAACAGCAAAGCCACGAUAAGUCAUAUUAAAUGGAAGCACCCUCAGGUAGUGUAGAUUCAAGUUUGUUCAAAUCAUGACCCCUGGGGGGUAGGGUGGGGCCACAAUGGGGGAUCAAAAUUUUAAAUUGGAAUACAUUGAAAAAAUCAGCAACAGCCAUUUUGUGUCAUAUUAAUUCAAAAGCAUCCUUAGGAAGUGUAGACUCAAGUAAGUUCAAAUCACACACCCCCAACUACUUUUAUAUUUAAACUUUUCAAGAGUGAACUGAUUUCUUCUUUUUCCUAGCAACAGUGCUCAGGUGAGCAAUGUGUCCCCUGGGCCUCUUGUUUCUCUGUUUGAAUAGGUUCUCUGAAAGGCUUAAUUGGAUAUGAACUUAUUUAAAGUAAUAAUUAUUUACUAGUAUACAAAGUAGGCAUUAUUCAUUUAUAUUUAACAUGUAAUUAUUGUAUUUUUCCUUUGAACAGCAUUUGUAAUCAAUUUGAUUUCUUUGACAAUUAUAUAUUUAUUGCCUUAUUACGUUAUACAUUCCUAAUCCUUAGAACAUGUACAUUAUUAAAUGCAUCGGCAGAAAAUUUAAUAAAAUUCAUGACAUGU